AUGGAGCCUGUCAAUGGAACAGUGGUCUCUGAGUUCUUCCUGAAGGGAUUCUCAGGCUACCCAGCUCUGGAACGCGUGCUCUUCCCUCUGUGCUCAGCCAUGUACCUGGUUACCCUUCUGGGGAACAUGGCCAUUGUGGCAGUGAGCACGCUAGACGCCCGCCUGCAUACACCCAUGUACUUCUUCCUGGGCAACCUCUCCAUCUUGGACAUCUGCUACACAUCCACUUUUGUGCCCCUGAUGCUGGUUCACCUCUUGUCACCACAGAAGACCAUCUCCUUUAUUGGCUGUGCCAUCCAAAUGUGUCUGAGCCUGUCCACGGGCUCCACAGAGUGCCUGCUGCUUGCCAUCAUGGCCUAUGACCGCUAUCUAGCCAUUUGCCAACCGCUCAGAUACCCCAUGCUCAUGAGCCACCGGCUGUGCUUGCUGCUGGCAGGAGCCGCAUGGGUGUUCUGCCUCAUCAAGUCAGUGACUGAGACAGUCAUCGCCAUGAAGCUGCCCUUCUGUGGCCACCACGUGGUCAGUCACUUUACCUGUGAGAUCCUAGCAGUGCUGAAACUGGCCUGCGGUGACACAUCGGUCAGCGAGGACUUCCUGCUGGUGGGUGCCAUCCUGCUGCUGCCAGUGCCCCUGGCCCUCGUCUGCCUGUCCUACGCACUCAUUCUGACCACCAUCCUGAGGGUGCCCUCGGCCACAGGGCGCCACAAAGCCUUCUCCACCUGCUCAGCACACCUGGCUGUGGUGCUGCUCUUCUAUAGCACCGUCAUCUUCAUGUACAUGAAACCCAAGAGCAAGGAGGCCCACAUCUCUGAUGAGGUCUUCACAGUCCUCUACGCUGUGGUUACACCCAUGCUGAACCCUGUCAUUUAUAGCCUGAGGAACAAGGAGGUGAAGGAGGCUGCCAAGAAGGUAUUCGGCAGCAGACAAGCCUGCAGGUGAGGGAGGGCAGAGCUCAGCUAAGUGAGGCCAUCAUUGCCAGUGUCCGUGUGGGACAGAGCAUAGGGCUCCAGGUAAAUCCAAACCAGAAAGGCAAUACCAAGUUCCACCAAUUCUGCCACUGAGUAGCUCACAAAUUGCCCUCUGCUCUUUGCCUUGCUGUGGC